AUGCGCUACGCCUACGUUUCUCUGGCGCUUUUCGCCGCUUGUGCCACAGCCGCACCUUCUUAUCCCCGUCCUGAUGGGAGCAGCGACCCUUUUGGCAUGUUUGGUAUGAGCUCAGGUGGAGAUUCCAGCGACAGUUUCGCCGAUGAUGAUGGGAUGGAAAACCCCGUUCCUGCCGCAAUGAAAGCCAUGGCAGCUGCUCAAGAAGUCCAGCAGGGCACUUUUGACGCUGCCCCACAGGCUCAAGCUCAAGCUCAGCCAGCGCAGCCCACCCACGCGGUUGUUCAGAACAUGCCCAGCCCACAGCCAGCUCCAGUUGAGGCUCCUCAGGCUCCUCAGAUGCCUCCCCAUGUCCAUGUUCCAGUUCACAAGCCCAAGCCUGCCAAGGAGCAAGCUCCUGUCAUGAAGCCUAAGCCCGCUGUCAAGCCCCAGGCUGCACCCAGCCCUAAGCCGGUAGCCCAGCCAAAGCCGGCCGAGAGCUCCAAGCCUGCCAUGCAUGCUGAGAAAGUCAAGCCCUCUCAGAAGCCCAAGCCGACCGAGAAGCCCACGCCGACCGAGAAGCCCACGCCGACCGAGAAGCCCACGCCAGCGGAGGUCCCUGAGCCAGCUGAGAAGACUACCCACAGCAAGAAGCUUGCUCCCAAGCCGACUGCGCCAAUCUUCGCUGACCCAGUCCCUAAGUUUGAUGCUAUGCCAUCGAACAUGUUCGUCGGUCAGUCUGAGGCCUCCACUCCUACACAGAACAGCGUCGCAACUCCAACCGACGAGUCUGAUGAGGGUCAGUCGGGACCUGCUUUUGUCAUGGAGAACGUUGUUCCUCCAAUGCCCAAGCCAGUCGCACCUUCUCCUGCAGCCCAGGCUGUGGCCCAUUCCACCCACAGCCACGCCAUGAAGGCAACUCCCAAGCCCCAGCCACCAACUACCUUCAGCUCUAAGGUGCACUCGAGCCAUCACGUUCUCCCAACCCACGCAGUCAUGCACAAGCAAAGCGCACAUGUCUCCCAUGUUCGCCCCAGUGCUCACCAUGUCCCUGCCUCUAGCUCUGCUACUCCCUCUAGCUCUGCUACUCCUUCCAGCUCUGCCACCCCUACUCCCAGCUCCAAGGCUGCGGCUGACGCCCUCGGCCCUCUGGGUAACAUGCUCGGAAGUCUUCCCUUAAUUGGUGGUUUGACCCAAGGUCUCACCAACGGUCUUCCUCUUCGUCGCUAG